CUUGAAAACUGGAUUGUUAAAAUGGAAACCAGACUAUGACAGUGCAGCUACAGAAUAUUCCAAGGCAGCUGUUGCUUUUAAAAAUGCCAAACAAUUUGAACAAGCAAAAGAAGCUUAUUUUAAAGAAGCUCUAUCCCAUGAAAAUAAUAAAGCCUUCUUCCAUGCUGCAAAGGCUUAUGAACAAGCAGGAAUGAUGUUAAAGGAGAUGCAAAAACAUCAUGAUGCAGUGGAACUGAUUCAGAAAGCCAGCAUGAUGUACCUGGAGAAUGGAACCCCUGACACAGCUGCUAUUGCACUUGAUCGGGCUGGAAAGGUAAUAGAAAACAUAAAUCCAGACAAAGCUAUACAGCUAUAUCAGCAAACAGCUUCAGUAUUUGAAAAUGAAGAACGUUUACGGCAAGCAGUUGAAAUGUAUGGAAAGGCUUCAAGGCUUUUAGUUAGAGGCCGAAGACUAGAUGAGGCUGCGCAAUCUAUUCAAAAAGAAAAGAGUAUUUAUAAAGAUAUUGAAAACUAUGCAACGUGUUACAAAAAAACUAUUGCCCAGGUCUUAGUACACCUUCAUAGAAAUGACUACGUUGCUGCAGAAAAAUGUGUCAGGGAGAGCUAUAGCAUACCAGGCUUUACAGAAAGUGAAGACUAUGCAGCCCUGGAGCAGCUCCUAGAAGGGUAUGAUCAACAAGAUCAGGACCAAGUAUCAGAUGUUUGCAAUUCUCCACUCUUUAAGUAUAUGGACAAUGAU